UCCCAACAAUAUUUAGAUGAACCCUUGGGGAGGGUGGUGGAAAAGGUGGUGGACUUAUGUCUAAAGUGAGAUUUUUGGUCACUAGCUUCUGAGGGUUGGACAAGGGUGGUGGAAAAGCCAUAGAGAAAGAAAGGGUUGUUGGCUUCUUUCUUUGUUCUUUCAAAAGAAGAGAAGCUCACUUGAGAAGGUGGGAGGAAGGGAAAUGGGGAACUGUGGAAGGAAUGGGGCGGUGAGGCAGUACAUCAGAUCUAAAGUUCCUCGCUUGAGGUGGACUCCUGAUCUCCAUCACUGCUUUGUUCAUGCCAUUGAGAGGCUUGGAGGCCAAGACAAAGCCACACCAAAGCUUGUUCUUCAGCUGAUGGAUGUGAGAGGACUAACUAUUUCACAUGUUAAGAGCCAUCUACAGAUGUAUAGGAGCACAAGGAAUGACAUUGGUAAGCAAGCUUUGCAUCUGACUCAAGAGAAGAGACAUUCAUGUGAACAUACUGAUGGUGGUGCUGAUGAGCAAAAUGAUGAUACCCUUUUCUCUUCUUUGAAACCUCAAAAGGAAUUCCAGCCUCAGCACAUGUUCUCUCCUCUUCCCAUGAAAAGGACUCGAAUGGAAGCACAUGCCAUCUCCAGUGGGUUGCAAUGCAGCAAAGGAAUCAGUGAGACGGUCACCACUCAGUACUCUUUUGAUGAUUACUUGAAAACCGUGGCAGUGGAAAGGGGAAUAAAGGAGAGCUUAAGAUGGCAUAAAGAUGCCCUGGAAACAGGGUUCUUGGCAGGUGAUCAGCUUUCUAAGCACAAAGCUCAGGGGCAUAUGGAAGAAGAGCCUGACCCUUUUGAGGUAUUCAAACUAGAGGACCAACUUCUCAUGCCUAAUGAUAACAGAAAGUGCAUAUCCAAGGAGAAUUGUGAGAACAGAUGCCCAUCUUAUGUUUCACCAUCAUUUUGUGAUGAUCAUGGUGUGAAAAAUGAGGAAGUUGAUGACUGCUCAUUGACAUUAUCCUUAGCCUUGCAUCACAAUCACAGGACCAAUGCUUCAUCUGCAAGCGAAAGCAGUUCCAUCAUCUCAUCAUCCUUGACUAGAAACUCUGAGGAGUGCUCGGUUUUCUUGAACGGGCGAGGCUUAAACUUGGAUCUCUCCAUGUCAAUAUGUGGUUCUUAAGUUAGAUCACUGUAUUUUUCUUUUCAUUUUUUGUUGCAAUGAAGUGUUCCACACUUGACAUCCUCAGAA